AAUUUAACAAUCAGGAACAAGACCCUGCAGAUGGAGAAGAUCAAGACCCGCUUGAAAGCUGAAUUUGAGGCACUUGAGUCAGAGGAGAGGCACCUAAAGGAAUAUAAGCAAGAGAUGGACCUCCUGCUGCAGGAGAAGAUGGCCCAUGUAGAGGAACUCCGACUGAUCCAUGCUGACAUCAAUGUGAUGGAAAACACUAUCAAACAGUCUGAGAAUGACCUAAACAAGCUGCUAGAGUCAACCCGGCGGCUGCAUGAUGAGUAUAAGCCACUGAAAGAACAUGUAGAUGCCCUGCGUAUGACUCUGGGCCUGCAGAGGCUUCCUGACUUGUGUGAAGAAGAGGAGAAACUUUCCUUGGAUUACUUUGAGAAGCAGAAAGCAGAGUGGCAGACAGAACCUCAGGAACCACCCAUACCUGAGUCGUUGGCUGCUGCAGCUGCUGCUGCCCAACAACUCCAAGUGGCUAGGAAGCAGGACACUCGACAGACGGCCACCUUCAGGCAGCAGCCUCCACCUAUGAAGGCUUGCUUGUCAUGUCACCAGCAAAUUCACCGGAAUGCACCUAUAUGCCCUCUGUGCAAAGCCAAGAGUCGGUCCCGGAACCCCAAAAAGCCAAAACGGAAGCAGGAUGAAUGAAGAGAGGGAGAGCACAUACAGCUCUGCUGAUCACAAACCACCCCCACCAGAGUGAUUGACGUCUUGAUGUGAAACAACCCUUCCCCACUCCACCAAGUCUCCUAUUUAAUAUGAUGGAAGCACAACCCCUCUCUCACUUUGCUCUUAUUUUUUUUUUGCUCUUGAGAUUUCUGGUUUAGGAAGAGAAGUGGUUCAGGUGCUAAUGACAGUAUGUCUGAUGGUCCCUUCUCUUCCACUGACAUUUCACUCCAUGUCCAUGUUUAGAGCUAAGGGAAGGGCAAAAGGCCCAGAAGUGAUUCUCU